AGAGAUGGGAUCGCCGAUCAGUGAGCGAUUCGGUGCAGGCAACUGAUAAGGAGGGAGGAUCUCUCCGCCGACUCAGCACCGUCCGUUUCGGGACGUGGUGCCGUUUUGGCCCCGCGCCGAAGCUUCUCCCCUUUGCAGUUAUCAAAUUCCCCUUGCAGCCACGCAGAUUUACGCCGCGCCCCCACGCAACCCAAAAGUUCAGCGUAAACUUGCCUAUCAACAAAACUACAGCUCAGGCGGCCACGCGAAAUCGCGAGGUUUCACGUACCAAAAGCGCAAAAAUCCACUCGGAUUCCACGCGGCCGAGCCACUGCACGUGGGCGCCCACGACGCGCCCCCGUAUCGAUCGGCACCGCGCUUUCCUCCUCCUGAUCUUACCCGCUACUAUAUCAUCAUCUGCUUGCUUUCCCCCCGAGAGUCCACGGCCUCCUGCUCCUCUCGAUCCAAGAUAAUUUCACUCCAGCGUGCGUCGGCCAUGUCGAGCUUGAUGGACAAGGCGAAAGGGUUCGUGGCGGAGAAGAUCGCGCACAUCCCAAAGCCGGAGGCGUCGCUGGACAGCUUGUCGUUCAAGGGGAUGAGCCGCGAGUGCAUCACCGUGCACAGCAACGUCAACGUCUCCAACCCCUACGACCACCGCCUCCCCAUCUGCGAGCUCACCUACACCCUCAAGUGCGCCGGCAACGUUGUGGCGUCCGGCACGAUGCCCGAUCCGGGGUGGAUCGCGGCGAGCGACACGACGAAGCUGGAGAUACCGGCCAAGAUCCCCUACGACUUCCUCAUCUCGCUGGUGAAGGACGUGGGCCGGGACUGGGACAUCGACUACCAGCUCGACGUCGGCCUCACCAUCGACCUCCCCAUCGUCGGCAACUUCACCAUCCCGCUCUCCACCAGCGGCGAGAUGAAGCUCCCCACACUCAAGGACAUGUUCUAAUUAUCUUAUCUCUAAUCUCAUCAACCAACUCCGAUCGAUCGAACUCUCUGUAUGUGUGAUGUGUCUCGCGAAUAAUGGCAGCUGCUCUGCACCUGUGUUCUUCUUGCCCUGCAUAGUAUAGCAUGGCUGUAUGAGCGGCUGAAAAAUUACCUCUAUUCCUAAUGGUUGCAAUAAUAAGCUAGAGAACUGAACUUUUGCUUGUUUA